CGUUCAGCAAUUACUGGAGAUGCACCGCAAUUGCUAUAUUUGGUCAACAUUUUGAAAGUAUCUGUUAAUGCAACAAAUUCACAAGGCAUUACUUUACUUCAUUGGGCUACUGCAAACGAUCAUGUUGCUGUUGCCCGACUGCUGUUGAGGCAUCCUUUGAAUUAUCCAAUCGAUAUAUUCUCAAUUUUAACUUUUUGUAGUCUUGGUGCUGAUCUCCGACUCACUACCAUAAAAGGUCGUUCCAUACUCCAUACUGCUACUUGCAAUGGUGCUGCAAAUUGUUUAAAGUUGUUUUUGAAAAUUUUUUUUGAACAGGAAAAGACGAAUAGCAUGAAGAAGAACAGUUGUGGGACGUCACAUAAAUUCAUAUUGCAACGUGACUUUAAUGGCGAAAAUUUGCUGCAUUUGGCAUGCAGGUUACGCAAAAAACGCUGUUUAAAAAUUAUAUUAAGCUUCAUCAUGAAAUAUUUUGGAUGGAUAAUGAUGGAAGAGAUGCUACAGCAGUGCAAUCAAAGCAAUCAAACGCCAAUACAUGUAGCUUGCCUUUGGAACAAUGUGGAAGCUGCAAAUUUGUUACUGACUGAUAAUCUUAAUAAAAUCGUUAACAAGAUAUAUAAUUCGACGAAGAGAGUUAACGUUGCAAUUGCUCUUAGGGAGGCAUCGAGACGGACACUGUCCUGGCAAAUUGGACGAGGCACAGUGCUUCAUGAAAUGGCAACAAUGAAGUGCAGUUUUGCUUGUUUUACUAAAAAUUCUCCAUCAUUACUGGAAUAUGAUAACAAGCUGGAAGCAGCAGAUCUGAAAAUGUAUUUACUUAGUGGGUGCAUAGCGAUUGAAACAUUUGAAAAAAGAUGUCUUGAAUGUGAUAAAGCACAGUUAGAGGUGGUAAGGGUAAUUUUAAAGUGUCGCCCUGAACUGAUCCUUUUGCGAGAUGUGUUAGGACAAACAGCGCUGAUGUGUUCAGUAAUCAGUGAUGCAGUUUCAGUUACUAAAGCUCUUUUGCUUUAUAGGGGUGGCAAGGAGCAAUGGUUAAAUAAGCAGUUGAAGUCCAUAGAUUCGGAUUUCCACACAGCAUUGCAUCAUGCAGCGGCAGGAGGUAAAUUACGCCAAGCCGUGCUACUUUUGAAAUAUGGUGCAACAGUAAGAGGACAGGAUAGUUACGGAGCAACUCCCAUGCACUAUGCCGCUAUUCGUGGAUUUUGUGCCACACUUAAGCUGUUGUACAGAGCCAAUAAAUAUACUGAUGAAGUUCGUACAAAUAAUGGUCAUAGUGCACUCAUGUGGGCAGCAAUGAGUGGUAUGGAUACAUCGAUACGCACCAUGAUCGAUGCAAACUCUGUAGGAAAUCGAGAGGAUUGCGACACUCAAGGCUGCACUGCACUGCAUUUAGCUGCCGCCGGUGAUCAUAUCGAGGUUAUCAAUACGUUACUCUGCUUCAAGUGGAAUGCUGAGAAGCGAAACAAGCUUGGCGAGACUCCUCUUAUAGUGGCGGCAAAAAGUGGUAGUACAAAAGCUGUACGACGUUUUCUGCAUGCUGGUGUUGAUUACUCCAGUAAAGAUAAAUUCAACAACACAGCCCUUCAUGUGGCGGCAGAUUCAGAUGGCAAGUGGGAAACUCUUCGUCAGCUCCUGCGUUAUUUAAAGGAUUCAUCUCUGUUAAAUACGCAAAAUAAUUUGGGGCAAACGCCACUACAUUGCGCUAUCGAACAUAACGCCGUGCAAUGCGUACGAUAUUUGUUAAGACAUGGGGCAGAUCCUCUGAUAAGAGAUAAUCGUGGAUGGGAUCCUCUGAUGAUUGCAAUACAACAGGGCUGCUGGUCUACAAUCAUUUUAAUGCUCAAGAAUUCAUCAAAUAUUAAUUGCUACUCGGCUGCCGACAACCAAACAACAUUAUCGUUAGCUUUAAAAAACAAAAACUAUAUUCUUGCCUCAUUUCUAGAAACGAACGGUGCACUAUUAGCUAAUGAAAUACAACAUAUGGCUGCAGGAAUAAAAAUGUUCUCAGAAUUCAACGCUGGUAUCGCGCUCGAAGUGCCUCUCGAUGUCACCGACAUAUAA